AUGACAGUCACGAAGCUCUCGGACCCGCAAGACUGGCGCGUCAUCGUCGCCCACAAGCGCAAGCAGCUCGACUCGCAAAUCCCCUCUGCCUGGCGCCUGACCGACGCCUUCCGCGCCUCCCUCCCCGCCAACGGCCACCUCCUGGCCUUCGACGCCGUCGCCAAAAGCAACAUCCUCACCGCCGAGGAACUCGACCUCACCGAGAACUACACCGCGGGCCAGUUACUCCAGCGCCUCGCCUGGGGCGAUGUCAGCUCCGUCGCCGUGACCACCGCAUUCUGUAAGCGCGCCGCCGUCGCGCAGCAAUUGACAUCCUGUCUGACAGAGCACUUCUUCGAUCGAGCGCUCGAGCGAGCGAGGUAUCUGGAUGACUAUUUGACGCGGGAGGGCAGGGUCUUCGGUCCGUUGCAUGGGUUGCCGGUCAGUCUCAAGGAUAGUUUCCGCGUGGAGGGCGUCGAUACCAGUGUCGGGUAUGUGUCGUUCCUGGGACAUGGCCCGGCGAAGGAGAACUCCGCGUUGGUGCAGAUGUUGUUGGAUCUGGGGGCGGUGUUGUAUGUCAAGACGAAUGUGCCGCAGACUAUGAUGACCGGCGACUCCGACAACAACAUCUACGGCCGCACCCUGAACCCCCACAACACGAACCUCACAGCUGGCGGCUCGUCGGGCGGCGAGGGUGCCCUCAUCGCCCUCCGGGGCUCCAUCCUCGGCGUGGGCACCGACAUCGCCGGCUCAAUCCGCAUCCCAGCGCUCUGCUGCGGCGUCUACGGCUUCAAGCCCACCACCGCCCGCAUCCCGUUCGCGGGCCAGGCCAGCGGCGCCAUGGAGGGCCUGCCGGGCAUUACGCCCUCCGCCGGCCCACUGGCUCAAUCCUUCGAGGAUCUGGACCUGUUCAUGUCCACAGUCCUGGACGCAUCCCCCUGGCGAUACGACAGUGCCGCCACCGCAGCGCCUUGGUCCCGGCCACGGGCCAUGAACCACCAGCAGCCGCAGCUACUAACAAUCGGUGUCCUCGGCGAAUGCGCCCACUUCCCGCUCCAUCCCCCGGUGAAACGCGCCCUAGAGAACGCAAUAGACGCCCUGAAGAAGAAAGGCCAUCGCAUCGUCUACCUCAGCCCUGACAACGCCACCGCAUCCUCCCCCUCCCCCUCAACAACCCUCGCAGCAACCCGCGCAACCAACCUCGCCCACGCCAACCGCCUCAGCUUCCAAUACUUCAUCUACAGCCCUAGCAUAGACCACAUCACCCCCAGCGGCGAACCCCCGGUCCCCUCCGUCGCGCAAGCCAGUUCCCCAAUGUUCACAGGCCCCUUCCCCGUCCCGAUGGACGAGACCGUCGUCUCCCCAUUCACACUGAUCAACACCCUCCACAAGGAACGCCGGAGAUACAGCGACGCGUGGCGCGAGACAUUCGUCGCCAACGACUUGGACGUCGUCCUCGCCCCGGGGGCCCAGAACACCGCCGUCGAGUGGGAUACCUUUGGGUGGCCGCCGUACACCCUCGUGUGGAAUCUGGUCGACUAUCCCGCCUGCAUUCUCCCCUACGGCCAAGCCUCCAAGGCCCUCGAUCCGGACCCGAUGGUGCUCGAAGAUGGCGUGCAGCCGAGUUAUCAUCCCGAUGCCGUCGACGGCGCGCCCUGCGCGAUCCAGGUGAUUGCGCCGCGUUUUCAGGACGAGAAGUGCUUGGCUGCUGCGAGGAUCAUUGAUCGGGAUAUUCGGGCGUAGGAUUGGAAUCGGUGUUUGGAUGGCGGUUCCCGUUGGUUUGGCUAGGUGGGAGAUGGGUGCUGAGUAUCGGGAUAGUUUCUUUACCGGUCCGUACACCGUAGUGGGAUGUGGAUAACCUCGAGUGACUCUAUCACUCGCAUAUAUCAGGCCCUGGACGGGAUAGUGCUGUGUCAGGGGAACAGUUUCUGACUUGGUUCGCGAGCAGUAGCAUUAGCAGUCGUAACAGCAAUAGCUACAGCUCCCAGUACAGUAACCAUGAGCCAUGCAGGGAGCAUUU